AUGCCUCUCUCCGAAAUUGUAUCGAAAGAGCUUUUGGCCUACUCAAAGACAGAUUUCGGAUCCUGCGAGAACAGCCUUUACGCCAACGCUACGACCAACAAUGGCGAUUAUCGCCGCGGUAUCGAUGAAGGAGACAGGGAAGAUAUGGAGAUCGGUAUGAGGGAAGACAGGGCCGAAGACCAAUCGAGAGAGCACAACAGUGGCAACAUGCCGGCAGAGGGGGGUCUCCAGUCAGCCGGAGACAUGAAAAGGAGGAGGGACCUUUAUACAGAGUUGCUGUGGGAUAGAUUCCAAUCUCGACCUCGCCCAGAGCUGUAUCAGAACGCCAACACUUGA